AUGAGUAAAAGACGGAGAAACGCGCGGACUAAUCGUGUAGGUCCCACGCGGGCCCCACACGAGGAAAGAGAGAAAGAAGACCUCCUCCCUCCAGAGGCUCUACUUGGUCUCAGCCAAAAGGCAAAGCUGGUGAGUGGUGAGCUCUCCCCACAGCACAGUUCCAGCAAAGCAGACGAUGAUGAUCUCUCCCUCUCUCCUACCACCAUGUGA